AUGAUAUAUUUAAAAAAGUUAUUUCUAUAUUCAGCAUUUUAUAUAUUAUGUGUAAUUCCUUAUAUAAUUAGUUCAACUAAUUUUAGUUCAAAUAAUGAGUACAUAAAUAAAGGAAAUAUAAAAAGAUCAAUAGAAGAAAUAAAUAAUUUUAAAUAUGAUAAUAAAAUAACAAAUAAUUUAUCGACAAAUAAUAGAAAAAAAAGAGAAAUAAUAAAAUCACAAUAUAAAUGGACUUCACCAAUUUACUACCAAGUUGAUGUCUCAUUAAACUAUAGAUUUAUAAAAAAAGCAAUCAGAAUUUUAGAAACAUCAACAUGUUUUAGAUUUGUAUAUAUUAGCCUUUCAAAAAAUCAUUUUUCAGGAAAAAAAUUUGAAAAAGGUUUACAAGUAAUAGGUAUUGGAAACGAAUGUUUAAGUUUGGGAGGAAUAAUACAUAUGAUUUUACGUACAUUAGGAAUUAUAUAUCAACAUUGUCGGAUUGAUAGAGAUGUAUUUAUAAAAGUAUUUCCUGAAAAUAUUGCUGCAGAAUAUAUGAAAGAUUUUCAAAUAUUACCAAAAUCUAAAAUUAAACAUACACCUUUACCUUAUGAAUAUGGUUCUGUAAUGCACUUUGGAAUGCAGACUGGUAGUAAAAAUAGGGGUUAUACAUUGAUGCCUAAAGAUCAUCUUUAUGAAAAUACUGUUGGACAACUGGAUUAUCCUACUUUUAAUGAUAUAAAAGCUUUGAAUUUGCAUUAUUGUUCCAAAAUAUGUAAAUAUACAUUAAUAUGCAAAAAUCAUGGAUAUCAAGAUCCUAAUGAUUGUGGUAAGUGUAUAUGUAUUGAUGGAUUUGCAG